UUUUCGGGUGUGUCACGCGAUCUGUACCCGAGGCGGCGAGCCACGCCAAGCGCAGCGCGCGUCCCGCCACGCCACCCCACUGUUUCAUUCCCUCGUGGCGCGCUUCCUUCUUCUCCCGCGCCCGGCGCCCGCACCGAACCAAACCUCGCCGAUCCCCAGGUCAGCCUCCUCCUCCUUCGUCCUCACUCCACUCGCACGCUGGCGCAUCUCCCCACGACGGUGGGCGCCACCGCCCACCUCCAUUAACCCACCACCACCACCAUUGCCAGUUACAGCUAUCACACGUACUUAUACCUCCGCCGCUUCUUCCUCUUCCCUCCCAUUUCGCGCAUUUGCAAGAAUGCGUCGUUGAGCUUAGCGGGUGAGGUGGUCGGAGGCAUGGGAGAAGAGGCGGCGACGGCGGCGGCGGCGGAGCGAGAUGAGCAGGGGAGUGUCACGGCGGCGCUCGACGCCAUUACCGGUUUGGUGUCUGCCUCCUUGGCCGCUUCGCUCUUCCCGUACAAGUGGCAGCUCAUCAGGGACAGGCUCAACCGGCUCCACGCCGGCCUCGCCGACAUAGCCACCGGCGGCGGUGAAGGCGGCGAGGGGCAUGGGGCGUUGGCGGGGGUUCUUGGGGCGGUGGUGGAGACGGCGAGGGAGGCGUCGGAGCUGGUGCCGAGGAGCCAGGGGAGGCACUACGGGGGAGGGAAGCUGCGGCUGCGGAGCGACCUCGACGUCGUGGCGGGCACGCUCGACGCGCUCGUGGCGCGGGUGGACGAGGUGUACGCGUCGGGCGCGCUGACGCGGGCGCGGGCGCUCGUCGUGUCGAGGCCCUGCGCCGGCGCCAGCCGCGACGACGUGCGGUUCUACGUGCGGGACCUGUUCGCGAGGCUCAGGGUGGGCGGCGCCGAGAUGCGGGGGGAGGCCGCCGCCGCGCUCGCCGAGGUGCUGCACGACGACGAGAAGUGCGUCCGCGUCGUCGUGUCCGACGUCGCCGACGGCGUCUGCGUCCUCGUCUGGCUGCUCGAGUGCCCCGACGCCUGCGUCCAGGAGGAGGUCCUGGAGGCCGUCUCCGUGAUCGCCGGGUUUGAGGCUUACAGAGGCGACCUUGUCGUCGGCGGCGUCAUCGCUCCGGUGAUCCGUGUCCUCGACAGUGCCGGGGACAGGCCCUCGGCGAAGGAGCGGGCGGCGCGGUUGCUGUGCAAGCUCACCGAGAACUCCGACAACGCGUGGGCCGUCGCCGCGCACGGCGGCGUCACGGCAUUGCUCAACGUCUGCGCCGACUACACCGCCAGCGGCGGCGAGCUCGUGUGCGCGGCUUGCCGUGUGCUGAGGAGCCUCGCCGGCGUCGACGAGAUCAGAAAGUACAUGGUGGCCGAGGCCGGCGCGGCUCCGGUGCUCGUGUCGCUCUGCCGGGGCGCCGCGGACGAGGCGGCGCAAAUCCAGGCGAUGGAGCUCCUCGCCGCCAUCGCCUCCGGCGACAGCUCCGUCAGGGAGGCCGUGCUCCAGGAAGGCGCCGUCGAGUCCCUGGUCAGCGUGCUCGACCCGGCCUCCCCGCGCUCCUCCAAGGCGCGGGAGGUCGCGCUCCGCGCCAUCGACGCGCUCUGCCUCUCCUCCCCACCCUUGACAUCCCGGCUCGUCGCCGCCGGCUUCCUCGACCGCGUCCUCGUCUUCCUCCGCAGCGGCGACGCCACGCUGCAGCACUGCGCCCUGAAGGCGGCGCACCGGCUAUGCCACGCCUCGGAGGACACCAAGAAGGCCAUGGGCGACGCCGGGUUCAUGCCGGAGCUCGUGAGCAUCCUCCACGCCGCCAAGUCGCUCGAGGCGCGGGACAUGGCGGCGGAGGCGCUCUGCGCCAUGGUGUCCGUGCACCGCAACCGGAAGCGGUUCGUCCAGGAAGACCGCAACGUGGCGCAGGUACUGCAGCUGCUUGGCCCCGACGACGAGAAGCUCUCGCCGGCGAAGCGCUUCUUGCUCUCCACCCUGAUGCACCUCAGCGACAGCACCUCCGGCCGCCGGAAGAUCAUGUCAUCGGAGCAUGAAUCUCGAGAGGCUAGCAGAGACGAACGUGACGGACGCCAAGAAGAUCGUGAAGAAGCUUGGCGGGAGCAAGCUCAGGAACAUCUUCCAUGGCAUCUGGAGCCUGCAGAAAGCUUGACGACGACAAGAACCAGCUCACCGCUAGUACUAUACUACUGCUCGUAUGGCCUUAGCUAACACACAUGUUCGCCUCAUGUUUUUUUGUAACCGUGAAUGGACGAAUCAAUCCCAAGUGUAUUCUACUACUCCACUCGAUGAUGAAUUCUUGAUACUCAGAGAACUCAUCACUCAUCCUCUGUGUAUACUAGCUCAUCUCAUCCGUGUCAAAUAAAAGUACAAAAAAAAAAUCCAUUCGAGAAAGCAA